AUGUCAUUGCGAUUGGUGCCGAAGAACCCCGAUAAUGGCCUUCAAUUGAUAGUGGAUUUUAAGAGCACCGGUUUGAUUGGCCGAAAUGACGAUGAAGAGAUUAUUAAAAGAUACUUAAAGACGAAUCACGCUUAUUUCGACGAUGGUAAUAACGGGAAUACAUACUUGGAAAUAUUGAGUAUCAAGCUAUUAGAGGCAAUUCUCCCUGAUUUCGAUUCACCUUUAACUUCACCAUUGGUGUUGAGCUUUGUUUCUAGUCUUCUCGGAGACCUUGUUCUCCAGAAAACACUCGAUGUGCUCUCGUCACCUGAGUUUCUAAUAAAGCAGAUAUACACACAAGUGCUCCCACGAAUAAAGAACCGUACCAAAGAAACAGCACUGUUUAUCUCUAUUAAAGAUCGAGCGAAGCAAAUGUGUCUUAAGCUAUACAACGUCAUUAUGGCUUCAAGCUCUACUACCCCUUCCAGUAUUGAUCUUCUUAGACUGCAAGCAUUUGCUUUGGUGGAUUUGGUUACAGAAUUUUCUACAAGACAGCCAUUACUAGCGUCAUCCUUACUGUUUUGUCGAGGUAUAGUGGAGUUGGGUACUUUUACACAACAGAAAGUCAAUGCGAUUUUGAUCUCGUAUCUCCGAGGUCUCGUUGAAACCUUAGAUAUUCCAGGCUUAUCUUGUACUAUCAUGUCAGCUUUGGGAGAAGCCAUAUUCAAUUUUAGAAAGGAAAAUAAGGGUAAUGAGCCAAUGGAGGAUAGUCCUUCUUUUUCAGAAAUGAUGGACUCUAUUGCUGAAACAUUUGCAAAGUUAGCUCCAUCAUCUUUCUAUUACCAAGAAGAGACGUCAACAGAUUUAAAUGAGUUCUUUAGAAAUCGUUUACAAUUAUUGACAUAUCCGGAGUUAAACAAACUUGUUGUACUUGAACUUUUGGAUAUGAUUCUCGGAGUUCUUUAUCCGGAGAUUACAGUAAAGUAA